AUGGAACAACGUGUCGCUCUUAUCUUGUUGGUUUGCUGCUUGCAUGCGGCUUCUGCGUUCAACAAGCCAUCUUUGUUCCUUGCGGAUCUUCGCAUCGUUACCAAGGGAUGGACAGGAGAAGAAGCUAAGGACACGCUGGCCUUCACUGCUCCUUCGCUGAAUGUCGGAAAGAUUUUCGGGCAGAGGCUUCCUAUGAAGGAGGAGGAGGAAAACUCCUGCAAGAUCCGCAAUGCCUGUAGCCAGCAGCAGCUGCGCAAGCCAACGAGGAAGGCCGCGCCUAUCUCUCCUGUGAUGAUGGGAAGGGCUGCAGCGGUGAGAGCCAACAAGAAGGGAAAGACAGACGCUGCCAAGGCCAAGCUCUACUCCAGGUAUGGCAAGAUGGUGACCAUGUGCGUCAAGGCCGGAGGGCCUGACCCUGUUGCCAACGUGCAGCUAGCCAAGGUGUUGGAUCAAGCCAAGAAUGCAGGAGUUCCUAAGACCAAUAUGGACAAUGCCAUCAAGAAGGCUUCCUCCAAGGACCAGGCUGACUACAAGGAGAGCUCAAUGGAGGUCUACGCACAUGGCGGCGUCGGUUUCGUCAUCGACAUUCUGACCGACAACAACAACAGGCAAGAGGAGAAGGAGCAGGAGCAGGAGCCGAGCGAGGAGUAA